AUGACGACUUAUGUUUUUUACAGCCCUGACGGCGCAAUCAAUAAUUUCUUCAACUCGAACACUACUGUAACAAGACAGCAAUGCGAUGAAUUCGCCAUUUCUCGCGCUGGCGGUGUGUCCACUGCUUUACAGAUGCAAGGAGUGUGCAGCUAUACCGUGACAGCGGGGCCUAACAAGUCCAAGCUCUUCCAGUUUCGAGAUGAGAACUCUACCAUUGAUAUGGGCAACAUUAAGCUUGCCAAAGCAAUCCAUCCCGAAUUUGUGGCUAGCUGCAAAUAUCUCGGGACCAUAGGCGAUUCACCGCCGCUCUAUAUCUACGAGAUGGAGAAUCUUCCUGGGACUGCUCACAUUAUGGCGCGCAUCGCACCAGACGACAUGUCCCGACAGCGUAACACUGUCAUGGACUUUGCAAGGUUCUUUGCACAAUCAUGGAACAACGAUCAACGGCCAUGCUCAGAUAAAACCGCUAUCUUGCUUGCGGAGUUUCAAUCAAACUUCGAACUUCUUGCUCGAGACCUGCCGUCUCGCUUUGCACCAAACCUAGCAAGGGUCCGCAAGGAGCUCCCGUCUCUCUUCUCAAAAGCCCUCCCUUUUGUUCUUAGCCACGGGGACCUUAACGUGAUGAAUCUCCUCACCAAUCCCGAAACUGGAAAUAUCACAGGGAUUGUCGACUGGGCUGAGUCAAGGAUUCUGCCGUUCGGCUUCGCGCUAUACGGGCUUGAGAAUAUUUUCGGCCGGAUGGAUUCAGAAGGGUGGCACUACUACGAUCGCUACCGCGAACUCGAGAGCCUCUUCUGGCAGACCUUUCGGGAGGAGGCUUAUAAUUUCUCUGACACUGAUUUGCAUUUGAUCCGCGCUGCGAGGAUGGCUGGAUUUUUCUACCAUUAUGGAUUUGUUUUUGAUAUGAAAGGUGUGGUGCAAAGUGUGCGAAAGGACCAGCCGGCUGGUUCUCUCGCAUAUCUCGAUGCUUUCUGUACUGCUGGUGAGUGGACUCCUCUUUCGUGA